AUGAACCACCAGUCUAGCCCAUUUCGCCGUCGCCAUUCUGCCGUCGCCAGUCCGCCGUUGCCAGUCUACCGUCGAGCCACUUUGCCGUCGACCCGGUUCGCCAUCGCCAGUCCGCCGGCGGGCCAGUUGACCGUCGCGGACUGGCGCCGGCGAACCGGGGUUACGGCGAAGAGGCCCGCCGACCGACUGGCGACGGCGGACUGGCGACGGCGAACUGGCCACGGCGAAAUGGGCGGGCCCGAUGAACCACGUAUAUUGUUUGCGCCAUCCACACUUGGGUAUGAACCGUCAAUGUAUAUCGUAAUAAUUAGCUUACUGCUCACUGUGUCUCUUACAGCUAACACAUACCACAGCUUGUUAGAAAAGGAUGGCAAUUUGCAACUUGAGUAUGCGGUGCACAAUUCAUAUUGCCCGUACAAAACAAAGCAGGAAUUUACAGUCAUGGAUUUUUUAGGUAAGUUUGAGGACUCGCUUGCUUGUGUUCUGCCAAAGGGCGAUGAAUUAAUAUGUGUCGGUGAUUUUAAUUUAGAUUUAUGUGAUACUGGUCGUACCUCAACUUUUCAAUUCAGUAAUUUACUCGAGACGCUCGAGUUAAAACAAAUUAUUGACGAACCGACUAGGAUAACAAAAGCAACGGCUACCUUAAUUGAUUUUAUUAUUGUUCCUGUCAGUAAGGAAAUUGCCCACCAUGGUGUUAUUUCGUUGCAUGAAGUAACUGAUCAUUUUCUAGUUUUUUGUAACUACCCAGUGACUACUAAGCAAAGUAAAGUGCCUACAUUAAUUACGUAUAAUGAUUUUUCAACAUUUUCAAUCAAUAAUUUCGAUAAGGACUUGCAAAGUAUUGACUGGGAUUAUAUUUAUACUUGUGAUAACGUUGAGCACAUGGUUGAUUUUCUUAAUUACAAUAUACUUACUAUUUUCGAUUGCCAUGCACCUAUAAAGACUGUGCGAGUCACUAAACCAAGAGCUCCUUGGCUUACUGACACUAUACGUCAGAUGAUUCUUUUACGUGAUAAGGCUUUAAUGAAAUUUAAAAAAUCAAAAUCGUGCACAGAUUGGAAUUAUUAUAAGGCAAUUAGAAAUUAUACCACUCAGGCUAUUAGAAGGGAAAAGAAAGCAUUUUUGGAAAACCAACUCCAACAGCUAGGAAAGGGAGUUCCCUGGAAGAACUUGAGAGAUCUCAAUGUAUACUCGAAAGAUAAAUUAACUGUGCCACCAAAUCUAUCUGAUGUGAAUGCCAUCAAUAAAGUCUUUACAAGCUCUGUAGAUUCUGAUCUUGGGAUAGCUUCUGAUACAGUUAAGUAUUACACCGAGCAUACAUGUGAGAAAAUUGUUAGUACGUUGCAUUUUCGUGAAGUUACCGAGAUGGAUGUUUUAAAUGUGUUAUUUAGUAUUAAAACAAAGUCUGUUGGAUCAGAUGGAAUUGGUACAAAAAUGUUGUGUUUAUGUUGCCCUUAUAUUGCACCACAUUUAACCUACAUAAUAAAUUUUUGCUUAAAAUCAUGUACAGUACCAAAAAUUUGGAAAAAUGCCAAUGUUAUACCACUACCGAAAGUUAGUAAUCCUGAAAGUUAUUCUCAAUUGCGACCAAUAAGCAUUUUACCAAUUCUUUCUAAAAUUUUAGAGAAGAUUAUGGCAUCUCAGAUAAAAUACCAUCUGUCUGAUAAUGAUAUAUUACCACAGUCACAAUCUGGGUUUAGAGAAAACCAUAGCUGCAGCACCGCGUUGUUGAAUGUUACAGACGAUAUUUUUUCAGCCUUAGAUCAGGGAAAACUUCAGUGA